AUGCUCGGCCACGAAGUCGCAGGCCUGGUUAGAAAGCUCGGUCGAAAUGUCUCUGGCUAUCAGAUCGGAGACUCUGUCACACUCGCCCUCCUAAUGCACCCUGUCUCAGAGCGCAUCAACGGCGCAUACGUCGGGCUGAGCCUUGAUGGUGGUUAUGGCCAAUAUGUCGUUGCGCCACAGAAGAUUCUCGUCAAGAUACCUGAUGCACAAGGAUAUGGGGCUAAGGACUGUUUUGCAUCGCUUGAUGAUGCAACCAAUGCUGGCUUAGCAUUUGAUAUUAUUGUUGACUUUUUCGGCCACUUUACAACCACUUCAGCUGCAAUUAAGGCUGUGAAGCCAGGCGGCAAAGUUGUCACUGUUGGUCUCGCGUCGUCGGAUGUCACGAUUCCAUCAAACACGGGUUCGGUGUACAUCCUCAAGGGCCUCACUAUUGUGGGAUCCAUUGGCGCGUCAAUGCGGGACCUCAAGGAUGUUCUGACAAUUAUAGCUGAGGGUUCCAUUACGCCUGAGCUUAACGAGGGUGCCUUUGAGGGGAUACCAGAGACUAUCAAGCAGCUGGCAGAGGGGACUGUAGCUGGUCGAGUUUGGACGGACCCAAGCAAGACACUGUUUCAAUAG